AUGGCGACGAAAAGAGCAAAGACAACCCAACAACACCGGCUCAACAACAAAUUGGACGAUCAUAGCACACCACCCGCUACUCCCCUACCACCAGCAUCCCGUAGACGGACAGCCACCAGCCGGUUCUGCCACCGCAGGACAAGCAACCGACACGCCCACCCCAAACACUGCCGAAACCACUCGGGAAGAGAUGGAGAUCUCACUGGAGGAGGAGAACGGGUGCUAAGGGACAAAAACCAGGAAUAUCUGGGGAAAGACGACAACGAUCACGACGCAACAUGGUGGUCCACAACCUCGGCGGAGUCCUACCCGAAAAAGAAAGAGUGA